CAUGCUGCUGCCAGAUGAGGACAGCCUGUCUGGGGACGCCAGCGACUUGAAGAUGUCCAGCUCCCAGAUCAAGAGGAAGAAACGCCGGCACAGGACUGUAUUCACAGCCCACCAGCUGGAGGAGCUGGAGAAGGCUUUCAACGAAGCGCACUACCCCGACGUCUAUGCCCGGGAGAUGCUGGCUGUGAAGACGGAGCUGCCGGAGGACAGGAUACAGAACCGAAGAGCCAAGUGGCGGAAACGGGAGAAGUGCUGGGGCCGGAGCAGCGUGAUGGCCGAGUACGGCCUCUAUGGGGCCAUGGUGAGGCAUUCCAUCCCUCUGCCCGAAUCCAUCAUCAACUCCGCCAAGAGUGGGCUGGUGGGAUCCUGCGCCCCGUGGCUGCUGGGUAUGCACAAAAAGUCCAUGGAGGUAAGCAGGAAGGCAGAGAGCCAAGAAAAGCUGGCAGAUGGCUGGCGAAUGGAGCAGGAGGAGGAGGAACUCAAAGGGACGCAGGCCAGUUCCCAGAGGGGCUCCGACAAGCUUGGGCCUGCAGAAGACUCGGAGGACACAGCCAUUGACCUCUCCAGGACAGCCAAGCACGAGAAGAGGGGUGUGCUGAGGCAGUUUAUCAAUGGGGACCCCCCCACAGAGCAGAGCGACCGGGACCACUGA